UUCGUCCGGUGAGGGUUUCGUGUUCGGUGGUGAACCGUCUGUUCGCCGUAGCGAGUGUAGAAUCAUCGGAUUGUCAUUCAUCGAUCAGCUGAUCCCUGACUAGUGGUGCAUCGACCUGCAGCCGUCAACCGCGUCGUUGGAGGUGACGACGACGUCCUUCGACCCUCCUUCUCCAUCCAGCUCUGCGAGUCGGAAGUAGCUGAGCACCCGUGGGACAACGCGAUUCAGGGUGGAAACUGAAGGGAGAACGAGGCAAGUCCAGAACGACGGGGGAGUGUGAUUGAAUAACCGUGGAAACUUAAACAGGAAUUCUGGGUCAAGAUUCGUAGAACGUCUGGCCAUCAGAACGAUGUGAGAGGAAUAUAUGGGUGAACACCAAACGGGGAAGGAAGACUCGACGAAAUCACGAACACGUGGCGGGACGUGAAGCGGGCGUUGAGCCUGCUAUGUGUAAAGAAAUUCUCCGGCAGCGGCACGAUGCUGGAAGCACCGCCCGGAAGUCGCGAGGACCUCGUGGAGGCGGCAAGAACACCAUGCACACCCACAGAUCUGGACACGAUGUUAUAUGGAUACACGAACAACAUAUACGUGCUGGACCACACUCCUGAAUCGCUGUCGGAUAUAGACAUGCUGCAACUGUUCGCCUCGCCGGCGGGUCGAGCACUGUUCACCGGUGACAAUCGGCGAAGAGGAUCGACGUCGACCUCCUCCUUGUCUCGAGAGUCCUCUUCGAGGCUGAAGAGAGGCAGAAGACCAUCGGGUACAGUCAGUGCGCCGACCACACCGCUGAGGCAACGGAAAUCGAGCGCGGAGCUGUACAAAGAAGCCGUCGAGAUUCUUGGUCUUACCUGUUCGUUGACUGAUAGCUGCCGAUGCAUCGAUUGCCAGAGCAAUUACUUCGACUGCGACGACGAUUUCGGCGACGCGAGGACGGAAUUGGCUGCGGGGACACCGAUUCUGCUGGACCACGCUUUGUCACAUCCGUUGACGUGUUCCAUACAGUAGCAGCCGAACGACGCGUCUCGAAAUCCACCAUCGUUGGUCUGCUAUGCCGCCUGACGAACCGGAAGUCAUCGAGCUGUCGAGGAUCCAUCGGGAACGCCGAGUACAAGGACAACGUGGGGAUAUUCCACGCGUGCACUUCGAUCUCGACCUUAAUCUCGCGACACUCCCAUCCGAGAGGAGAGCAGAGGAGAGAUCGCGUGAACGAAGAAGGAUUUAGAGUUAGCUUCAUUCAUCGUUUAUUUAUCAUUUGACGAAAGGAAACGCGAGCAACUUCCA